UUAAUUUGAAUUUAGAAAUUUAUUGUACUGUAAAGUUGGGGGCGCUGUAAGUUAUAUAGUAUACUUCACAGUUGUACUCUUAAUUUUAAUUAUCUCUUUGCAUUGAGUUUUUGUGGAAAACUUCAUCGAUAAUAAAACAAAAUGCAUGGACGAGGAGCUUUCUUAGCGUUAGAAGGUUGUGACAAAGUAGGCAAAACGACACAAGUGAAAUUAUUGGUUGAGGCGUUAAAUAACCUUGGUAUUGUUGCCGAAGCCAAAUCCUUUCCAAAUAGAACAACUAAGAUUGGAGAAGUAUUAAACAAAUUUUUAUUAAAAGAAAUUGAAUUACCAUCAGAAGCAGCACAUUUAUUAUUUUCAGCUAAUAGAUGGGAAUGUAGACAAGAUAUUAUAAAAGCUCUUCAAGCUGGUACCACAUUGAUUAUUGAUAGGUAUGCAGCUUCUGGCGCAGCAUAUACAUCAGCUGCUACUGGUAGAAGUUUGACCUGGUGUCAAGAAGUAGAUCGUGGGCUUCCUAGUCCAGACUUGAUAGUUUUUCUGAAAGUUCCAGAACAAAUGCAGAAUUCACAUAUGUGGGAUGGAGAAAGAUAUGACAAUAUGACAUUUCAACAAAAAGUAUCUUCUAACUAUGAUAAACUUAAUGAUGGUACUUGGAAAGUUAUAAAUGGACAACAAGAUUUAAAUGUAAUACAUCAAGAAUUGUUACGGAGUACAUUGGACAUUAUUGAACAGGUUAAAAAUCGUCCUAUAAGUUUACUAUAUGAGUCCUGAUUGAUAAAGCAGUGUGAUCAUUAAAAUUAUUAUAAUCAAGAAAAAAUGAAUUUAUAAAUAACUUUAAGUUUAUCACGAAUAUUUAGUAUAAAAAGAUUUAAUAUUUUUUUUUAUAAUGUAAUAUAUUAUUUUUGAAACUCUAAAUAAUUAAUAUAUGAUAACUAUAUGAAGUGAUAAUACUACUAGAUAAAUUCUAGAAAAUUAAAUAUGUAUUAUUAUUUUUAUAUUAAUAUUAAAUGUUACUAUUUUGAUGUUACAUAUACAUCUAUAAAAAGAAAAAAAAGUAUAUAAAAAAUAUACGUUAUGUAUGGACAUUCCAAUGAAUAUCUAAAAUAUUUUCUAAUACAUAUAUUUAUUUAUUUAUUAUCACAUUUAUUAUAAUUAUAAGACUUCCUUUUAUAUUAUUUAUAAAUUUAAUAUAAUGAAAUAUAUUUUAUAUUUAACUAUAAUAAAGAAUAAUAGGACAGCUAUUAGUUCGACAGUACUUGCGUUAUUUACGAUGUAAUAUAUAAUAAAUUUGAUAAUGAAAGUAAUAUCGAUUGUCGAGUCUUACCACGUGGAACAAAUAUACAUUACUAUAUAUGGAGAUCCUCUUUUGAAUAAAAUAUAAAAGAUUUCAAGAAAAAAUAAGAGCUAAAAAAAUGUUUAUACGAAUAUUUGCGAAGAGCUUAUGCUCAUACGUACGAAUACCUCGACUGAUUACGAUCGAAUGACAUAUCACAUGGGUCGAAAUUAUACGCCUGGCAAUGAAUUCUAUUUACAUUACAUUUGUCAACAACUUCUGUGUUAGGAAUGAAAGCUCGACACAUUAGUCAUUUAAAAACUAUAUAUGGGGAGGGGAUGAUAUAUUAUUAUAGAAAAUAUUAAAAUAAAAAAUUUACGAAUUUAAAAAAAAAAA